AUAUGACUCCAUUGUCCGUUUCCAUGCUGGUAUUUAGCAGGAAGUCUGCUUUAGGACGAUGCGAUGUCUCGAUGGAGUGCUCCUUACAGCGUUGGAAGGGCUGCAGCAGCGGAGAGAGGCGAGUAAGAGACUCCAGGAGAUAGAUAAACUACUUCGAGACGAGCAGGACGACAUAAUAGCUGGAGCUGUGGCAGUGGCCAAGACGACUCGAGGCUGCAGCUUCGGUUCGGGUCGAAAUCCCAAGAAGAACGCGCGCUACUGGCUGAACAAGAAUUCUUCUGUCCCUGGACCAGGAGCGUACGCUGUGUCCAACGCUGACCGUAUCGUUAAGACGGCUGUUGGUGGUGCAGGAGCGCUUGGACUCCGCAGCGGCGCUUGCUGUCGCUUCCAGCCUUGCGAGUGCAAGAAGCCGGGCGAACAAGCGGAUAAAUCUGUGGAAGAUUACGACGGCAGACGGCAGGAUACCAAGCAACCUCGACGCUCCAGCCCGCCUUUUGUGGCGUAUCCAAGACCUGACACGGAGCCUUUAGCCUUUCAGACGCGAGAGCUGAAGCGACGAGUAGCGGCAGUGCAAGCUGCGAAGCAGCGAUGGAAGCAUGUGGGCAUGAGCAUGACACCCAACUAUCGUUGGACAGAGCGCCGGACGGGGGCAGGAGGGGCACUACCCAUGGGGAAAAGUACCAGUCGUGAUGGAACAGGAAGCUCGGCGACCAAAGCAAGACUGCGGAAGGUGCUAUUUGCUGAUCGAACGGCGAAAAAAUGUGAAGUUGAGAAUGCUCGAGCUGCAAAGGCUGUUGAAACAGGAGUGUCAAUCGAUUCUACCGGUAGAGUUUCUUCCAGCCCUGCAAUUGAUAUGAAAAAGUUUCUUGGUCGGGAUACUGUGAGUUGCAAGCGCAAACACCAGCGAGUUGUCACCGCGUUUGGCAAGCGUUGAUGCCUAAACACAAACGAAGUGUACGACACUUAUCGAGUAGCUCCUCACCUGAGCACAUUGUGUGGAAUCGUGGACACCUCCAACAGGGCCAGCUUCACGACCUGAGAUAUCGCGCUGGUUCUACUGUAGGUUAGACACCCUUCGCGUGCAAAGUUCAUUCCGCACCACGAUGAUUAGAGUUGUUAAAAACCCGUGUUUAAAGGGUGGGUAAUAGCUCAGUGGAUGGGUGAAUUGAAAUGGAUUUUAUCAGUACAAUAUUUAAGUUGGAGGCAG